GCGCGCGAUGGCUGUGCCGACGUUCGCCUCCGCUGGCCGGGCCCGGUUCGCCAUCAAGAGCUACAGCGUAGAGCAUGGCUACCCGUCGCGGCGUCGUUCGCUGCUGGACGACGCCAAGUUCGAGACGCAGAAGCGCCGAGAGGCCCAGAAGUUGCGGUCCCAGGACGAAGAGGCCCUGCUGGAGGACAUCCUUUCCGUGGGAGGAGUGGGCGAGGAUGCGACCAUAAGCGUGGUGUUCGGCCUCAAGAAGGGCGUCCAGGACUUGGCAACCAUCCUCAAGGAGGUCGAGGCCUGCGGUGGACGCGUGUCGCACCUCGAGACCCGCACGGGCCGCACGGCCGAUGCACCGCUCGAGGCGUUCGCAUCGCUCCGCGGCAUGGUGCGGGACGGCCUGCUGCGGCUGGGGAAGAACCUGGCCCUGGGUGGCCUCGGAGACAUGCGCGUCGUCAAGGACGUGGGGUCCGCGCUCGCUGGAGACAUCUGGUUCCCGCUGCACAUCACCGACCUGGACUUUUGCACACACGUGCUGACCAAGUUUGAGCCGGACCUGGACAGUGAUCAUCCGGGUUUCUCGGACCCGACGUACCGGCAGCGCCGCAAGGAGAUCGCCCAGAUUGCCUUCGACUACAAGCAGGGACAGCCCAUACCGAGGGUCGAGUACACGCCGGAGGAAGUGCGCACCUGGGGCGUCGUGUACCGGGCCAUGCGCGAGCUGGUGCCGACGCACGCUUGCCAGGAGUUCGCCGACGCCCUGGGGAGGCUGGAGAGGGAGCUCCAGUACGGCCCGGACGCCAUCCCGCAGCUGGACGACGUGUCAAACUUCCUCAAACGUCGCAGUGGCUUCACCUUGCGACCGGCCUCGGGUCUGCUGACGGCGCGCGACUUCCUGGCGUCGCUGGCAUUCCGCGUGUUCCAGUGCACGCAAUACAUGCGCCACGGGUCCGCACCCCACCACUCGCCCGAGCCGGACUGCGUCCACGAGCUGAUUGGUCACGUGCCCAUGUUCGCCGAUCCAGGGUUCGCCCAGUUCUCGCAGGACAUCGGCCUCGCCUCGCUCGGCAUCGCCGACGAGGACAUCGAGAAAUUGGCCACGCUCUACUGGUUCACGGUGGAGUUCGGGCUCUGCAAGCAGGCGGGCGAGAUACGGGCCUACGGCGCCGGCUUGCUCUCCUCUGUCGGGGAACUGCAGCACGCGUUGUCGGGCAAGCCGGCUGUCCUUCCUUUCGUACCGGAGAGGACGGCGGUGCAGAAGUACCAGGACCUCGAGUACCAGGACACUUACUUCCUGGCAGAGAGCUUCCUCGACGCCAGAGAGAAACUGCGGCAGUACGUGGCCAAUACCAACUUCCGGCCCUUCGAGGUGAGCUACGAUCCGCACCGGCAGUGCGUGCUGGUGCUCGACACACCCAAGAAGCUGCUCGGCGUGGUCGACACGCUGCGCGCCGAGAUACAGGCCCUAACCAGCGCCCUCGGGAAGAUGAAGUAGUCAGCGACGCGCAGCAAGCCGGCCCUGCAAUAGAUUCGUGUGUCAGCUCCGCCUGCGGUGUCCCACUAUAGAUCCUGGGUACGCACCACUUCUAGGGCCGACCGCAGUGGUGGUGUGAACCCUGCUUCAGGGGUGUAUUCUGCCUUCUGGAGCUCUGCUUCUCUCCUGCCCUUCGUUUUACUUUUGGUUCCGCAAUGCUUUUCACCAACUCCCGAAGUAUUCAACCUCUCCGGAUUCUAGUCUACUUCGACAUCCGGGAUGCCGUUCGCUCUUUCGCUUUAGUACGAGAGAAAGUUGAACAACUUGAUAGGGAUUCGUGGUUUCGAAAAGCAGGUGUAAACAAGAAUUCAACAGCAUAUAAUCCGACACUGCGAGUUGACUGACGCUCUCAGGACCUCACGUUCUACCGAGAAAGAAGCAUUCAAGCCCAUUGAUUUCCACGCUGCGCUAAGACCGCACAGCCACAGCUGGCGUCAGACACUCGCGAGUCUAAUCGCUAAGACUGUUCGCAUGUAUACGAAAGCUUUUAGAGCGACAGUUCGAGAGUGCGAGACAUAUGCGCUCUGUUGCGGUUGCCGAAGGGUGUUGCUCAAAAGUAAGACAGGACGGAAACAUUGCGCGGGCGUCUGGCAAAUACGCUCGUGUGGUUGUUCAAUCACCGUGCGAACGGUUGAUAAUACGUGGAUCUCAAUAGAUAUGGCUUCGAACGUCGUGGAGUGGCAACUCACUUCAGGGUUAUAUGCCAUCAAAAAAUGUGCAUACACUUAUAGCUCAAUUCAACAUGUCGCUUUGCUUGUCUUAUCAGCAAAGGAAAAGAGCUGAUAGCAAAAUAUGUCUGGCAAAAAUAUCAUAGUGCUUGUUAUAUGAAAACAGUAACCAACCUAGCAGCACAAUCGCACUAUGCAUUGUUUACUGAUUACAUUGAAAGUACUGACAAAUUUCGCUAUUACUGCAGGUUACGUACUUAUUUCUUACAAAAGAACGACAUUUUCUUUUCGAAAAGAUAACAUAAUUUACCGUACGCAGUAUAAUUCACAGGUACAUUGUCAGCAAAAUUAACGGCCGAGUAAAGUAGGAUCGACGUAGUACACGUCAUUGCCGGAGUGAACCAACAGUGGCAGCUUCAUAACGGGCUGCACAGUAAUGUUUACGCGAAAGUGCGUGCUGUUUUUUUUUUUGCUCACCGUGCUCCAACAGCACGACAUAUCCAUGUGACGUGCCUACUUGGCGGCGUGUUGUCUUACACCCUCUGAGCCAAACUGUGCGCUGUGGGAAGUGGCGAAAUUACUGUACUCCUCGUGAACUGUUUAUGUGUCAUAAUAAGCUUGUUCCGUGUAUAAUAAACGUUAAACGUUAA